AAUUGUACUUCAUUACCUUUUUAAUAUACGUCCCAAACACCAGCGAAGACUCUCUCUCAUCUCUCUCUCUGUAUCGCAGUUUAGACGCAGAGAGAUCUUCGAUUUAUUUCGGUCUUGGUUUAUGAGCUCGAAGGAGAGACCCACUCUUGGUGGUACGCGGAUUAAGACCCGCAAACGGAAUAUUGCAACACCUCUGGACCCUGCAACAUUUUCGGAUGCAGUGGUCCAGAUUUAUGUGGAUAAUGCUGGUGAUUUGGAACUUGUCGCUAAAAGCAUUGAAUCUUCAGACCUUAACUUCUCAAGAUACGGUGACACUUUUUUUGAGGUUGUCUUCAUAGGUGGGCGCACACAACCUGGCACAACUAAACCUGAUGAAGGGGAGCAUCACCCUUACUCUAUAAUAUCCAGUGAGCCUAAACGUGAAGCUAUUUUGCCAUUCGUAAUCUACAUACAGAAGAUUUUGCGGCGAAAGCCUUUUCUCAUAAAAAAUCUUGAAAAUGUCAUGCGAAGAUUCCUUCAGUCAUUGGAGCUUUUUGAGGAAAAUGAAAGGAUUAAGCUUGCAAUUUUCACAGCACUUGCAUUUUCCCAGAAGCUGUCAGGUCUCCCACCGGAGACUGUGUUCCAGCCACUGCUUAAGGAUAACCUUGUGGCCAAAGGGCUAGUUCUCUCAUUUGUAACAGAUUUCUUCAAGGAAUAUCUGAUCGAUAAUAGCCUUGAUGAUUUGAUUUCAAUUCUGAAGCGGGGUAAAAUGGAGGACAACCUUCUCGACUUCUUCCCCUCUUCAAAGCGGUCUUCUGAAGCUUUCUCGGAGCAUUUCAGCAAGGCGGGGCUCAUACCCUUGGUUGAAUACUUUGAGAAGAAGAUAUUCGAGGUGAAGCUGAGGGAAAUGAAAUCUGUGUUAACAACCCAAAUAGCAGAGGAAACUGAUAUAAUUGAAGUCAUAGAAUCUGUGAAGCAACAUGUUAAAGAUGCUAAAUUACCAGACAUUGAAGUUGUUCGGAUUCUUUGGGAUGUUCUAAUGGAUGCUGUUCAAUGGUCUGGGAAGAAUCAACAGCAGAAUGCUAAUGCAGCUCUUCGUCAGGUGAAAACAUGGGCAAAUUUAUUAAAUACCUUCUGCACCAGUGGAAAGCUUGAGCUGGAACUCUUGUACAAAGUCCAGGUCCAAUGCUAUGAGGAUACUAAGCUGAUGAAGUUAUUCCCUGAAAUUGUGAGGUCCCUAUACGAUCAGGAUGUGCUUGCAGAAGACACCAUUCUCCACUGGUUCCGUAAAGGAUCGAACCCGAAGGGCAGGCAAACCUUUGUGAAGGCUUUGGAGCCCUUUGUAACAUGGCUGGAGGAGGCAGAAGAGGAGGAAUGAGCGUGUCUGGUUGAACUUGGAUAGGACAAGGAAUGAGCGUGUCCUAUCCGCUAUCGUUCUAAGAUAUAAGCUAAUAAAUAAAAUAGCUACAUUCCGUUCGUUUGUCAAAAAGUUAUUUAUCUAUUGUGUGUCUCUCACCUUCUCUUGCACCUAUAUUCAUAUUGUGCUUUUUGAUGAUAUAAUGAACCAUUAAUGGCGUGUUUACUUCCAAUAA